AUGCCGCUCGUGCAAGGCAGAAAACGGCGAGCAGUAAACGACCAAGUCUCCUCGCCCGAAGCGUCACCAGAACCGCAGACGCAACGCCGUAGAACGCAAGGUCACGACGACGACGGAGAAGGCACUUUCGCCGGCGACAAUGGCACAACACAAACUGGCAGCACGGAUGAAUUGGCCAAGAAGCUCGUUCGGCUGGCUCUAGCAUGCGAAUACGGCCGCAGACCGAUCCGGCGACAGGAAAUCAACGAAAAGGUCCUCGGAUCUUUUGGCGGUCGUGCCAAGUUGUUUAACGCUGUUUUCCAGCAAGCACAGCAUCAGCUAGAAUAUGUCUUUGGGAUGAAGAUGAUCGAGCUGCCGGCACGGGAAAAGAUCACGCUGCAGCAGAGACGAGCUGCGCAGAAGAAAGACAGCCAGAGUCAGAGUAAGGCCACGGGGAGCUGGAUCAUGACGAACAUAUUACCCGAUGUGUUCCGUGAUCCUGACAUAUUAUCGGCUCCUGCUGCGCCAACAAGUGCUGUUGACGCCGAGUACACAGCCAUUUACACCACGCUAGUGUCUUUGAUUCUGCUGUCAGGCGACAGAUUGCCAGACACGAAAAUGGAUCGCUUUCUGCGCAAGCUGGGCAUAGACGAUCGGACACCUGUGCCUGGGUAUGAGAAGAACGAACAGCUGAUGAAGCGGCUCGAGAAAGAUGGAUACUUGUAUAAGCUGAAGGAGAGCACGGGAACUGGCGAGGAUGAUACCUUUUACGUCGUGGGACCUAGAGGCCGAGUCGAGAUUGGCAAUAACGGUGUCAGAGGUCUGGUCAGGGCUGUCAUGCCGCCUGGUGAUGACGAGGAAGAGGAAGCAGAUCUCGACAAUAAAGUGUUACGGAGUCUUGGUAUUUCCGAUAAACCGGCCGCUGGAGGAUCUGGAACGCAGCAGAACAGAGGCGCCGCGCAAACGAGAGGGAGGAGGAGGAAAAGCGCUGCGCGAGACGAGGAGGAACAAGACGAGGGAGCAGACGAGCAAGAUGAGGAGGACGAUGACGAGGAAGACGAGUAA